GGGUCACUGCAAGGCCAUGCAGAAGCAUGCUAAAUCCUGCAGUGACAAAAUUCCUAAAAGGGUUUUGAGGGAACAUGAAAUGGCAGCAAAGUGGAAGGAGGCAGACAGUGGGGAAGAAGAAUGCCGGUCCCAGCCCAGAAGCAUCAGCGAAAGCUUCCUCACUGUGAAAGGCGCCGCGCUCUUCCUGCCGCGAGGAAAUGGCUCCUCCGCUCCCCGCAUCAGCCACCGGCGCAACAAGCACGCAGGGGAUCUCCAGCAGCACCUGCAGGCCAUGUUCAUACUGCUGCGCCCAGAAGACAACAUCCGCCUGGCUGUGAGACUGGAAAGCACAUACCAGAACCGCACGAGAUACAUGGUGGUGGUGUCCACUAACGGCAGACAAGACACCGAGGAGAGCAUUGUCCUGGGGAUGGAUUUCUCCUCCAACGACAGUAGCACUUGUACGAUGGGUUUGGUGCUGCCGCUGUGGAGCGACACCUUGAUCCACCUGGAUGGGGAUGGCGGCUUCAGCGUAUCGACAGACAACAGGGUUCAUAUAUUCAAGCCAGUAUCUGUGCAGGCAAUGUGGUCUGCCCUGCAGAGUUUGCACAAGGCUUGUGAGGUAGCCCGGAGUAACAACUACUACCCGGGGAGCCUCUUCCUUACGUGGGUCAGUUACUAUGAGAGCCAUAUCAACUCCGACCAGUCUUCGGUCAACGAGUGGAAUGCCAUGCAAGACGUGCAGUCCCACCGGCCCGACUCGCCUGCCCUCUUCACCGAUGUCCCAACAGAGCGGGAGCGCACAGAACGGCUGAUUAAGACCAAGUUAAGGGAGAUUAUGAUGCAGAAGGAUUUGGAGAACAUCACGUCCAAAGAGAUACGCACGGAGCUGGAGAUGCAGAUGGUGUGUAACCUGCGGGAGUUCAAAGAGUUCAUCGACAAUGAAAUGAUAGUGAUCCUCGGGCAGAUGGACAGCCCCACUCAGAUAUUCGAUCAUGUCUUUUUGGGCUCCGAGUGGAACGCCUCCAAUUUGGAAGACUUGCAGAACAGAGGGGUGCGGUAUAUUUUGAAUGUGACUCGAGAAAUAGAUAACUUCUUCCCAGGGGUCUUCGAAUAUCAUAAUAUUCGGGUAUAUGAUGAAGAAGCAACAGAUCUUCUGGCUUACUGGAAUGAUACCUACAAAUUCAUCUCCAAGGCAAAGAAAAAUGGUUCUAAGUGCCUGGUGCACUGCAAGAUGGGCGUGAGCCGCUCGGCGUCCACCGUGAUCGCCUACGCCAUGAAGGAGUACGGCUGGAACCUGGACCGCGCGUACGACUACGUGAAGGAGCGGCGCACCGUCACCAAGCCCAACCCCAGCUUCAUGCGGCAGCUCGAGGAGUACCAAGGGAUCCUGCUGGCCAGCAAGCAGCGGCACAACAAACUGUGGCGCUCGCACUCAGACAGUGACCUGUCUGACCAUCAUGAACCCAUCUGCAAGUCCGGGCUGGAACUGAACAAAAAGGAGAUCACCACCUCUGCUGACCAGAUCUCAGACGCCAAGACCAACGACAACCAGCAACCAAUGUCUCCUGUCUACCCAGCUGAGCUGGACAGGGAACAGCAGCAUCCAGAGGAUGCAAACCUGAUCGAGGAGCCAUGUGUGAAAGAGAGAAGGGUUCACCUGGAGUUUACGUGUAGAGACUUCCACGCUGAGCAGAUAGAGGACAAGCUGAACCUAAACAAUAUCAAUGGCUGUCCAGUAGGUUGUUGCGUGGACUCUAUCCCCCCUGAUAACUGCCAUGCUUCUGAGGCCUUAAUGCAACUCCAGCACCCCUUGGAAAUAACGGAGUUUCCUGAUUUGACAGUGGAUGAUUUAGAAAAAGAUGCUCUAAAGCCUGAUAUGAAUGUGCAUUUGCUUCCCAUGGAAGAAUUCACUACGUGCUUUCCUCAGUCUCCAAACCAGAAUUCCCCAAGUCCCCAACAGGUUCCCCAGCCUGAAGUGUCAGAGCUCAGUACAGAUAGGAUUGAUUUCUUCAGCGCUUUGGAGAAAUUUGUGGAGCUUUCCCAGGAGAGCAGGUCACGCACCUGCUCCCAUUCCAGGACAGAGGAGCAAGGAGGUGGAAGGAAUGGGAUCUCCAAGGGGUCUACUCUGGAGGUGCCACCUGCUGCCGAUGGGGCUACAGAUACUCAAAGGAGCAGCUCUGGAAACUCUCCUCAAGCAUCAGAUGACUCUUCCACUGAUGAAGAACAACAAAAGGAGGUCCCCGAGCUGCCUGGCACAGACCAUCUCACAAGAUCCCCCUCAGAAAAUGCAAUUUCUGUGAAGGAAAUUAUCACAGAAAUUGAGUCGAUCAACCAGGGAGCAGGACCUGCCCAGCAGAAAGAGGGUUCUACAAACCAUACCCAGACACCAAAGCGGAACACGGUGCACGAGCUGCCGGUGGAGGUGGCCUGGACAUCAGAGAGGCUGGAGCAGAGCGAAGGAGCCUGUGCUGGACACCAGGAGAAGGAGAAGGACCCUCUGCAAGCUGAGCAGGAAGGUGGCUCCUCACUGCAGCUCCCUCCCUGCAAAUGGGACCUGGAGGGAAGCAGCCCAGCGGCAGAGCAGCACGAGCCUCGCGAGCAGAACGUCGCCCCCGAGCCCAAGUGGUGCCCGGGCUCUGUCCGACGGGCCACGCUGGAGUUCGAGCGCUUGAGACAGGAGCAGGAGCAUCAGCACGCCAGCCCGGGCUGCGCGCCGCCCGCGCGCAAGAACUCCAGGAACGACUCUCCUGCCGCCGAGCUCCUGCCGCGCGGGAAGAGCGAGGAGCCGGAGCCGGCCCCGGAGAGCGACAAGGUGCCGAGUCCCAUCGCUGUGGAGCUGCCGCCUCCUGGGGCAGAGCAGCCUGCGGAGCGGCCUCCCUCCCUGCCUGCUGCCUCUGCUGCCCGCGAGCUGCGGCUGGAGCAGGAGGCGACAGCUCACGAGCGCAGGACCGUGGUCUCGUUCGACGGCACGGAGGAGCCAGCUCUGCCCUCCCUCCUCCCAAAGAGAAUCGAGAUCAUUGAGUACACCCCCACGCUCAAGCCUGCGGAGCAGGGCGGGCUGGGCCCAGCCGUCCCUCCUCUGGAUGAAAACUUGAAUCCCUCCUUGUGCUCCGAGAAGGUCCCUACCUGUCUCCAAGCUCUGAUGCUGGCGACUCUUUCGCCGCGGCCGAGCAGCGAGGACGCGGCCGGGCAGCGCGACGAGGACGUGGCCCUUCUGGACAUCUCCUUCCUGUGCUACGGCCUCCCGCACAGCUCCAGCAGCCGCAGCGUGGAGGAGCGCGGGGACAGCCCCGGGCUCGUCAAGCAGCGGGCAAAGGAAAUAGAGGCCCGGAUCCGGCACGCGGGGCUCACCACGCCAUCCCACAUGAAACGCUCGGCGUCCUUGGCCAAGCUGGACUGCCUGGAUCUCUCCAAGGACGACUUAUCCGAGAGGGAAUCAGCCUCUUCCAACGCCAACCCGGUGCUUCUCACCUGCGUCGCACUCGGCCGAAGCUUUUGCAGGGGGACGUCGGAGGGGGGCUUAGAAGUCCCCUGUGAAAAGCACUGCGAUGCCUCCCUGCCCGCCCUGCAGGACCCAAAACCCACCAAGCAUUUUGUAGAACAGCUAAGAACGACAGAGUGCAUUGCCCAGAGCAAGCCGGUGGAGCGGCCCUUAGCUCAGUACGCCAAAGAGUGCGGCUCGAGCCAGCAGGGCCCGUUCCCCGGUGCGGAUCCCGCGUGGACUAGCUCCGGAGAGGGUCCCCCGCUGCUCCCCGGGCACCUCGUGGACUCCUUGUCCCCAGCCCCAAGCAUUGCUGUCGCACCCCGACAGCAGCACGGGAGAACUCACCCUCUGAGGAGACUCAAAAAGACCAAUGAUAAAAAGCGGACAACCAAUCCACUCUAUAAUACAAUGUGAUUCUGAGCCCUCAGCUGUGAUUUCUUACAAAAGAGAACCCACGUUGUUGCGUUCACACAAGGGGCAGGUGUAAUAUAUAAGGAACAUGCACUUUAUUGGUUAAUUUUAUAUAUAUUGUCAUUUUACUGUUCCUGGCGCAUGUAGGUGUGGGUUGGUUCUUCUGUGUGUGACUCUGACUGCAGGACUGUGUGUUUUUUAUUUUUUAUUUUUUUUUAACUCUGAUAACCUCAAAUGUUCUUUUUUUUGUUAGUUUGUUUUAAAAGAACACCUUUAGCAAAGGAAAACUGCAGUCGGGUCACUUCUGCAAGGUGGAGUUUUGCAUAGAACCCGGUCCUGGUUUCUAACUUGAAUUUCUCCCCUGCUUUGAAACGGUGCUGGGCAGUCGUUGGAGCAAGAGCCCUCCCGUAAAUGUGAAGGCUGUGCCAAGAUCCCUCCGUUUGGCCUUUCUUUUAUUUCUACAAACUGGAACUCCAGGACAGGGGCAGAUCACUUAGGAAACAGCUUCA